UUCAAAUACCAACACCAGCACUAACAGUGACUGGGUUCUCCGUUCAGCCUGCUGUAACAAUGUAUCAGCCUGCUGUACCAGUGUUUCGACCUGCUGUAACGGUUGUUCAGCCAACUGUACCAUUGGUUCAGUCCACUGUGGUCAUGAGUCAAAUGCCAGUUGCUAUUGUACCAGAUUACUUGGGCUACUCCAUCUUUACCAUGCUGUGCUGCUGUUUACCUCUGGGCAUCGUUGCUAUCAUCUUCUCAUGCAAUGCUCGAGAUGCUAACUUUUCUGGACAGCGAGAUUUAGCGAUGAGCCACUCCAGAGUGGCAUUUAUCCUGAACAAUGUGUCUGUCGGUAUCGGCCUCGCUAUCAUGACAAUGAUCCUUAUCAUUUGUUUGAAAUAUGCUUGAACAACAUCUUUGAACAGAUGUUUUAUUCUGCUUCAAAUGCAUCUACUCUUUCUGUCAAUGAUAAUGUCAACUCAAGUCAAUGAUUUUGCGGAAGAAAUGAAAAAUAUUUUCCAGACCCUCUUAGGGAAUAAUGUAAUAAACAUUUAUCUUUCAUUUCUUUUUGUAUUUAAUGCUGGCAGACUGAUCUGUUUGUUUAGCAUAAAUGAAAUGCUUUACUGCUUUUAACUUAAUCCUUAAUCCUAAUAAUUUUUUUUUUUUGUAAAUUACAAAUUAAAAUACAGUGAGCCCAUGAGUCCAUAGCAUGAAGUGUGUCCAAACACUUCACACUAUGUAAUUUUCUAAA